CUCCGAGAUUUUCUGCCCCACCUUUACUUCCAUCCUGUUGCAUGACCCAGACUGACAUUUUGUCAACCAAGCUCCCAGGACCCGAUUGAUGGUCUCUGUCGCUGCGGGGGCUGCCGCCUCUUUGUUUGCAGAGGGUGCGGCCUGGACCUUUCCCAUGUCUGCUGCUGGGGAAACGCUUCAGGUUUUUGUCGUGAAAGACUAACAGGUUGAAUCGGUUUUUAUUCUUGCUCGCUGGGGCGCAUUUAUUCGCCAACACCCGUCGAAGGAGAAGGCUGCGCCCCACCUUUCUCCUGCCGCGGAACAAAAGUGGCUCACCUCCCCUCGGAUAAACACCCAGGGUGCCACCUGCUGACCGCCGCCACGCAUCGGGCUCGCUCGUUGUUUGAGUUGACUCGCUUUCGCGGGGAGAUCGCCACGACGGUUCCACGCGGCAGCAGUGCGCGGAGACGACUCUUCGUCCGCCCCUCCUCGCUUCCGGUUCGCUCUGCUCUCUUACGUGCUGCUGUCGUGACGCCGCGUUACCAUAGUGACAAAUAACAGCUACUGGAUUAUAUGGAAAAUCCCAACUUCCUUGACGGUCCCAGUGUCCGCCCACUGUAAACACAGAUCCGCCGGAGUCUCGGGACGCGCCAGAGACCACCUACAUCCAGGAAAGCGCGUUUGGACAGCAGCCGUCCAUGUGCCGCGCGCUCCGGUCUACCUGACAAGAACUGCAAGCCACCUGCCAGAAGAUAAACCUCGUUAGAAUAGAAGCCUUUUCUCUAGAUUUCACUGUGUGUUUUCUGGUAAUUAUGCAGGACAAAGGCACAUUUAUCAGCCCUUUCCCCAGACCACGGUGUCUGGCGGCAGCGGCGCCGGCGGGGAAAGCGAAAUUAACUCACCCCGGGAAGGCGAUUCUGGCAGGCGGAAUUGCAGGUGGCAUAGAGAUCUGCAUCACCUUUCCCACAGAGUAUGUCAAGACCCAGUUACAGCUGGAUGAGAAGGCCAAUCCACCUAAAUACAGAGGAGUAGGUGACUGUGUGAAACAGACGGUACAGAGUCACGGUGUCAAAGGACUGUACAGAGGACUCAGCUCACUGCUGUAUGGCUCCAUACCCAAAUCUGCAGUCAGGUUCGGGGUGUUUGAGUUCCUCAGUAACCGUGCAAAGGACGAGUCUGGUCGACUGGACAGCACCAGAGGCCUGCUGUGUGGACUCGGGGCUGGGGUGAUGGAGGCUGUUUUGGUGGUCUGUCCCAUGGAAACUGUCAAGGUGAAAUUCAUUCAUGACCAGACUUCAGCAAACCCCAAAUACAAGGGUUUCUUCCACGGAGUCAGAGAGAUUGUCAGAGCGCAAGGAUUAAGAGGGACAUACCAGGGUCUCACUGCCACGGUCCUCAAACAAGGCUCCAACCAGGCUAUUCGGUUCUUUGUGAUGACCUCUCUCAAGAACUGGUAUAAAGGCGAUAACCCCAACAAAGCUAUUAAUCCCUUGGUGACUGGACUCUUUGGGGCCACAGCAGGGGCAGCCAGUGUAUUUGGAAACACCCCACUAGAUGUCAUCAAGACUCGGAUGCAGGGUCUGGAAGCACAUAAAUAUAAAAGCACGCUAGACUGUGCUGUGAAGAUCCUGAAAUAUGAGGGCCUGGCAGCUUUCUAUAAAGGGACAGUUCCCCGCCUGGGCCGUGUGUGUCUGGAUGUGGCCAUAGUUUUCAUCAUCUAUGAGGAGGUGGUGAAGGCCCUGAAUGUGGUCUGGAAGACGGACUGAGCUGCUGGACAUAUAGAAAGGGCGGUGGCUUCCUGCUUCCCAGGCAUCAGACACAGAUCAGAGUAAGGCAGACCUUUUUCUGCAUCAUAAAACCAGCUGUGGGUGGGACAGAGAGCUGAACUUGGAUCAGUGUCUUAUGCUAACCAGGAGAGAAGAGAGAAAGCCUGACAGAGGCUCAGUGUCGCUAACAUCUGGACAGCCGGAGUGUAUUCAGAGCCUUGAUGCUCAGUAUCAAGACAUCUGGCAAGACCAAGGGUCAGCUUCACAAAGUGGGAUUAUAAAGUCAGCCAAAUAACUGUGAAAAAGAUGCUUCACCGUAGAGAUACAUCAUCAAUUUCUAAUGUGAAACAAAACCUGAAUAUCAGAGUCUUUAACAUGAUUCCUUCAUGACUGCUUAUUAACAACGUUUUUGCAGAUAUUUCAGCGCCUUUUUCAAGUUAUCUGAUUCGCUUUCUUUGUAAACCUGCUCUGUAAAAUAACUCCCUUCAGUGAAGAACAUUGUUUCUCAUUCACAGCUGAUGUUUACUGCAAGUAUGCAGGUGUCAUCCUGGAUUUUCUUGAGCUUGUGUUGAUCUCUGUCUCCUCUUGUGCCGAAGAUGCUUUUAAACCCAGAAGACCCAGAUUGCAGCUGGUUGCAGUUUACAGUCAUAUAAAAAGCAGUAACUUCCAUAACUAACCAUUUAACGGAAUGAUUUUUGAUUUAUAAUAUUCCAAUUAUUUUUAUACAGUAUAGAUUCUAAUUUAGUUUAUUACCAGCAGUAUAGUUUUAUCGUAAAAUAUAUAUUUUAUUCCUGUGCCAAAUGCCAAACCUGUUAUACUAUGAAAGUGUGUUCAGAGUAAGAACAUGUCUAGAAGUGUAAAGAUCUGAACUAGAGAAGAGCAAAUAUUUCUGAUUUAUAUUGUGACAUGCUUUUUAAAUGUAUCUAUUGGAAAUAGAAUGGUGAAUAUCUAGACGGUUGAGAGACUAUUUGCUGAUAACUUGAGCCACCUGUGUAAGUUUUUUUCUGUAAUCGGGUCUGGGUGUAAAGGUGUUUUUUAGAUGUAAGGAAAAUAUCCUAUUGCUGCAUUUCACUGUGAGUCUAAAUGACCCAACAACACUGAAUCAUACGCCAAGUAAACCCAGACCUACUUUUCCCCUUCCGUGGAAACAUUAUGUUCAUCAGGUUAUAUCUUAACGUCAGGUUCCCACAACUGGAUGGUUAUUUGUCUGCGUUUUACGUCAGAAGCAGUUUUCAGUCUCUGUGAUUCUCCCUUUGACACGUGUUCCCUACACCAGUGCUUCCCAAACUGGGGGUUGGGACCCCUGGAAUUGGUCACAAGAUAAAUCCGAGGGGUCGCAAGACAUUUAAUUGGAAAGGAGAGAAGAAAAAUAUUCUUCUGCUGUACAUAUUUAUGUUCAGUUUUUCAGGAAAUCACUCUCGGGUGGAACUUCCCACAAUUUGUAGACAUGAUAUGUAACCUGUGAUAAGGGGUUGCGAAUAGAGAACACUGCUUCAUUUACUUUUACGGGGUCAACCACCAAAGAGGUUGGGAAUCACAGUCUGUUCAAAUCCAUCUCAAGUGCUGUUAUGUUUUUGUGCCAUGUUUCAUUCAGGGUUUGUUUUUACUUCUCACUCAUGUGCCUUUUGCUGUUGUGUUUGCUGGUAAAUGCUACUUGAAAAAUAUCCUCAUCUAUUAUCAACCUAUUUGAGAUUACUGUGGUUCAGUAAUAUUAUUUAUUGUAAUAACAAAUAUUUUUCCUCGUAGUGACGUGAAAGCAGUCGUAAUCAAUAUGUCUUACCGUAAUGAUUGUAUGAAAAUACUGAUGGAUAAUUUUAUUUCUCUGUUGCUGAAAUAAAGGUCACCUUUUUUUUUUUUGUAUUUUUCUGUUUGGCAAAAAAAAAAAUGCUUAUGGAGCCAACUGCCAAAUAGCCAAGAGAAAAUGUUAUUGUUGAAAAUCAAUGUAUUCAAAGGCUGUGUGUUAAUGUGUGUGUGUGUGGUUCUUUAUGAUGAAUCUUGUGCAAUAAACGCUGUCCUCUUCUUUUGUCUGUGCUAAAUGUAAAGCCCUUAGCUGUGGGAGGGGAUCAUGAAAACUCAUUAAAACAAGCAUCUGAA